UGGACAAAUACAUAAUCGAGGAAUGUGCUGCAGACUUCAGAAGCCAUUUUGAGAUGAUGUCCCAGUUGAGAAAGCCUAUGAAGAUGCUGAAAUCAACGAACAUGGUUACAUUUCUGUCUGUUUCUCCCUCCGUCUCCUCUAUUUCACCAUGGCAGCUGUCAACCGACGGGACAUUAGCAAAGCGGGGUAUCAAGCCGUGCUCACAGAGUUAAAACGUCAUUGAUAUGAAAGAGGAGAGUGUCUGUUUACUGUCUCUGUCGAGACAUGUAACACCGUGAGUUUUUUCCAGUCUGAAAUCUUCCUGCAUCUCUCACAACCCAACGUCUCCUUGAGUGAUUGUGUUAAUUCACUCUUGUACCGGAGAGAGGGAAGGCAGAUCCGUUUUCCAAUGGCUUCUGUGAGCCUUGUUUCCAGUCCCCCAGCCCCUGUCCUUGACAAAAACAUGACAGACUCUGAGCUUGCAGGGGAUGAAAGAGAGGACGGGGAACUAGAAGAUGGAGAAAUAGACGACGAAGGUAUUGGAAUCGAAGAGGAAAUCAAAGAGGCUACAGACGUUAAUGAAGAUAAGGAGAAAGAGAAAGAAAAGGAAAAAGAGAAAGUUAAAGAGAAAGAAGAAAAGACACACAGGCACUCCAGGAAAAGAUACAAAAAGACCAGAGAAAAGAGGAGGUCAAAAAGGAGGAGACGAGACAGACAGAAGCAUCACUCCCCCUCCAGCAGCUCCAGCUCAGACAGCUAUGACUCCGAUUAUGAUCGGCCAGAAAGACCCAAAAACAGGAAAAGUCAAGGGUCCAGCCGUGACUCUGAUGGCCAGUCUUGUCAGCAUGGACGGGACUCAAAGGGAGGCCACGGCAACUCACACAAGUCCCCACCGCAUAAAAGCAGCGAUUUCGACAAAUACAGUGACUACAGUGAUGACAAGUAUGACUAUGAUGAAGAGGAGGAUGAUUAUGACGAUGAAAUGUCAGAGUAUUCACAGUCAAAAGACUCAACCUGCUCAAAUCUGGGAAGGGGACGGCACUCUAAAGACCAGAUGAAGAGAGGAAACAUGAGGGGGAUGAAACAACAAUUCGGACAGAGGGGAAGAGGCAGAGGGAGCGGAAUGGGAAGAGGACGAGGGAUGCUCAACAAAAACAAGAAGCUGAAAGGCAAACCCUGGGGAGGACGUGGACGAGGUCGAGGAGGGGACCAGGGCAUGGAUGACAUGGCAAAUGAUGGAAAAAAUUCUUCCGGUUUCCAGAAGAAACGUCCUAUUAUGAGCAAGGAGUUUAUUAAUCAACACACAGUCGAACACAAUGGGAGAUACAUCUGCAAGUAUUUUCUAGAGGGCCGAUGCAUCAAGGGAGAACAGUGUAAGUUUGAACAUGAGCUUGUGGUGCCUGAUAAGAAAAAGGAGCUUUGUAAAUUCUACCUCCAAGGAUACUGCAGUAAAGGAGAUAACUGCAUUUACAUGCACAAUGAAUAUCCAUGCAAGUUCUUUCAUACCGGAGCUAAAUGUUAUCAAGGGGACAACUGCAAAUUCUCCCAUGAAGCUUUGACUGAUGUGACUAAAGAGUUGCUUGAUAAGAUAAUAAACACUGAAGAGGAAAAUGCCCGUGAAGAUGAGUUAGAGCUGGAGGACUUGAGAAAACAGGGCAUUGCGCCACUUCCGAAGCCUCCACCUGGGGUUGGGUUAUUACCGACUCCAGGUCAGAGCAGUCCUACAGAUGGAGGCUCCGGUCAGGCAGGGAAGAAGAUCCCAUCAUUGUUUGAGAUAAAGGUCCAACCAACUGUAGACCUGGCACAGAAAAUUGGUCUGAGUGGAUCCAACUUCUCCCAGAAUCAAGGUGAUGGUACCACUCAGUUUAGUGGAUCAGAGGACACACAGACCGGAGUGGCGGUGCCUUCAGGUGCCACCACUCCUGCUGUUCCUCCCCCUGGGUCACCUGGUGCAGUCGGUCACACCACAGGAGCAGCCAUGCCGCAGAGUCCACAGGGACAACAUCCACCACAUGGGUUUCCAAUGCAGCAACCUCUGCCUUCAGGUCAACCCUCAGCGUUCCAUGGAAACCACUCAAAUCUAAACCCUCAGAUAAAUAUGCAGAGACCUCCGUUCCCUCCUGCGCCAGAUCUACAGAUGAUACAAAGUCUCUUUCCUUUUCCAUCUUUGGGUCAAAACCCAGUAGAGUUCUUCAGCAGUCUUCUCCGAAACCAGAGCAUGGGUCAGCAAGGAGUCGACCCUAGUCUGGCAUUCCUACAGAACCUGCAACAGCAGAUAGGUGCAGAGUCCCAAGUGCAGUCCUUGCCACCAGCUGUACAGAAGGCCAUCUUUCUGCACCUGACCCAGCAGCAGCAACAGGAAACACAUCUACAAGGAACUGAGCAGCAAAAAGCUGAGGGUCAGGAUGAUAACAGUACAGCCAGAGAUGAAACUACAAACUGGUACUCGAGUGAUGAUGAGGAUGGAAGCUGUGUUUCCUCCAUCCUUAAAUCUCUGAAGAAGCAGAGUGAGAUGCAGCAGUCCCAGGCUAAGCCCCUGCAGCCCACUACUGUGUCCCCAGCACUGGGUGACCCUCGCCUCGUAAAGGACAGAGCCCCGCCCAGCGAUCCACGAAUAAAGAUAGACCCACGUCAGCGAGCACCAGAUAUGAAGCGGGAUCCAGAUGGAGCCGGGGAUCCACGGCUCUCCAGAGACCCCAGGAAGAUGAGACCGAUGGAACCGAGCUCCUAUCGCCAGCAGGGUCACCUGGUCCCUCAGAAGCCCCCUACAGGAGAUGAUGAUGACGAAGGAGAGAGGGAGCUCAGAGACAGAGCUGCACUCAUCCCUCUGGAGGCCAGUCCCGGCGUGGUACUGCGAGACCCACGUUGUCAGUUGAAGCAGUUCAGCCACAUCCGGGUGGACAUUCUGCUCCAGAGGCCUGCCUUUGCCCAAACAGUGGUGUGGGCCCCUGAGGACCUCAUCCCUUCUUUGGUUCCCAAACAAGAACACUCCAUCAACUUGCCCCUCCCUCCCUUAAUUGCUGAUGCCCAGAUGAACAGAUCCAGUCUACCUGACCAUCUCCCCAUCAGCAGCCCCCCUCCCACUGACCCUCGACUGGCAGCUGCCCGACUCAAAGCUCGGGUGCCCUCUGGGUCUCUGGAGUCUAGAUCCUCCACAGAGAGGCCUGUGGAUCCACGCCAGCAAAAGUCUUUAGACCCCAGACUCAAGCGUACAGGAAGUCUGGAUUCCAAGCUAUUGGGGCAGAAGGAACCCCCCUCUAGCGGAGGAGUUGUGGACCCUAGACUACAGAAGACCAGCGCUAUCACUGUACGGCCCAAAGCUGAGACUGAGAGGCUUCCUCCUUAUGCUCCUCGUCUGGCCUCCUCUGGCGGAGGUCUGGAGAGUCCAACCACAAUCCUCGGGGGCAUCAGUCUGUACGAUCCCCGUAAUCAAACUGAGCAGAAGGACCAGACAGAGCCUCCUAAAAAGACAGGAAUCCUCAAGCACUCCGUUAAGAGAGAACACACCCCACCACCAUCACUAUCACCAACUCAACGAAGUAGCUCUUUCGAGGAGCCAAGAAGCACAGAGGGUUCCUCAGAACAGCCUCCACCUUCCACAACACCUCCCCUGCCUCCCGCCUCACCAGUCAAACCACCAGCUGUUCAUAACCUGCCCAUCCAGGCACUGGCCGGGCUGAUCCGACCCCAGUACACUGACCCGAGACAGGCUAAACUAGCAGGACAAGGAAGUACGGGGGCACAAGAAGAAACAGAGGAAAAGAAGGAGCAGGAGGAGACUGUGGAGGAGGAACCCAAGCAGGAGGACCCAGAGGAGGAGGCAGAUGACAGGACACUGAAAGAUGUGUUUAAGACUUUUGACCCCACUGCUUCUCCUUUUUGUCAGUGAACACAACAAACACAGAGCUACAUAUGAUUUGUAUAUGAAUGAGAUGUGUUUAUCUUUACAGUAGUCUAUUUAUUUGUGUAUAUAAACUCUGUUUAUAAAUUAUUAUGAAUAGAACAUCGGUCUCAUGGGCCACACAUUAGGCAGCAUAGAGAAGAUAAUGGACCCAGUGAUUAGGUCCUUUCAGCUUUAUGAUAUUAAUGCUGAAAUGUGCAUUUCAUGUUUAUGUCACAGUUGUGUUUUUUUCAUUUGUGUUAUGAACAAUCACAUUAGAUUAAAAAAGCAAGUUAACUUGUACAGAUUUCAGUAAGGAUUGAUCCAGUUACUAAACUCUGGGUUCAUUCCAAACACUACACACUGUAGAAUAGUCAUUCAUCAGGCAAUGCAGUGAAGAAUUCAUUAAACUAUGAAUUCCCAUAAGAACUUUUUGUAUUUAUAUAUUUAUUUGAAGACAUUUUUAUAUUGUGAGAUCUUUUAUGUUGAAGGUCAUUUUUAUAAGAGAUUUGGGAUUGGUUUUAAUUAUGUUUUUAGACCACACGCUAAAAUGAAUUAAAAUUUACCUCUAAAUUAAUACAAAAUUCCUUCAGCUACUGUUUAUUCCACCUUUUCCCCAAAAAUGACAAAAAACACAUGAUUAUAGUUUUAGAGGAGUUACUUCUCCAGCUGCCUUUCUGAAAUAUUGGUUCUGAUGAUAAACAUUCUUGUGCAAUAUAAAAGUUUUUACUGACCUGGAAGAUUAUGUUCUGGUAUUUUGACAUUUUUUAACCUUUUUAAAUUGGGUUUUGUUGCCUAUUUUUUUAUUAUUAUAGAAUUGUUUUUUAUUUUUUCAUUUGGUGUAAAUGCUUUGUGGUUAUGUUGCUGUUGAUUUUCUAACAUGCUAAUGUAGCAGUAAUGACAGUAAACAGAGUGGUGUAAUAUUGUUGAUUUAAUUGGUCCUUAUGUUCUUUAAAUGCUCAACACUGACAACCUUUCAUACAAAACUCCAAGAUGGGAAGUUGUACACUAUAUGUAUAUGUGUGUAUGUAUAUUAUAUAAAGAGAAAGUAUCUUGUCACAUUGCAGGUAGAAGUGUUACAAAAUGACCUUUAUAACUAAUGUUUUUAAUGUUGAAUUUUAUGAGCUGACUUAUAAAAUGAGAAUGUUUUUGGCCUAAAACAAUGUAAUCCUUGGAGGUUUGUGUUCAUCCAGAGGUGUGUGUAUUAAGGUACCCUUCUAAGCUACAUAUGUACUUUUUUAUUGGUUUCAUAUUUCACAUUGUAAAUGCCUGUUUUUUUAUCAUAUGUGUAGUGUUUUGAGUGUUCUCACAAAUAAUGCUUUAUUUUUUUUCUGUCAAUAUGGUGGUUACUAUAAUCAUGACAUUUUAAUGACACAAAUACUCAUCACUUUUCAGUGACUUUAUUAUGAAAUAUCUAAAAUAAAGGAUAAAACAUCCACAAUUUUACUUAUGAAAUAAACAAAAGGAAAAU